GUUGGCUACAUCACAUUCUUGUUUGUAUUUGAUUUGUACACACUUACACUUGUAUUGUUCUCAAUUAUUGCCUAAGCAACUAGAAACAAUGCUUUCUUCUUCUUCUUCUUCUUGUUUAACAACAGCAAGAAUGGCGCUUGCAAUUGUUCUUGUUGCCAUCUUUUUGGGUAGCUCUUCUGCGCAUCUUUCCACCAAGUUCUACUCCAAGAGCUGUCCUAUCUUGUUUGGUACUGUAAAAUCAGUCGUUACAUCUGCUGUGAACAAGGAAAAGCGUAUGGGAGCUUCGCUCCUUCGUCUCCAUUUCCAUGAUUGUUUUGUCCAAGGGUGUGAUGGGUCCAUUCUCUUGGAUGAUACUUCCUACUUUAAAGGGGAAAAAAUUGCUUUUCCUAACAAUAAUUCUGUUAGGGGAUACAACGUCAUUGACGACAUCAAAAAUGCGGUUGAAGAAGUAUGUCCCGGUAUUGUAUCUUGUGCAGAUAUUAUAGCUAUUGCUGCUCGUGACUCAACCGUAUUGCUUGGAGGACCAACCUGGAAUGUCAAACUCGGAAGGAGAGACUCCAAAACAGCCAACCUCAAUGUAGCCAACACCCCCGGUGUACUCCCAAGUCCAUUUUCAAAUCUCAGCGCUCUCAUCUCAAGUUUUCAAAACCAGGGCCUUUCUACUAGGGAUUUGGUUGCUUUAUCAGGUGCGCACACAAUUGGAAAAACAAGGUGCACUAUUUUUAGGGACCGCAUUUACAAAGACACCAACACUAUUGCGGCAUCCUUUGCUAAGAAAAGACAACGCAAGUGCCCUAGAGAGACAGGAUCAGGCGACGACAACUUGGCCCCUCUCGACCUUGAAACUCCUGCCUUCUUCGACAACUACUACUACAAGAACCUGAUCAACAAGAAGGGACUUCUUCACUCGGAUCAAGCUCUCUACAGUGGUGGAUCCACCGAUUCGUUAGUCAAAAAAUACAGCAAAAACCCAGCAUUAUUCAACUCCCAUUUCGCUAGAGCGAUGAUCAAGAUGGGCAAUAUUAGACCUCUAACCGGAUCCUGUGGUGAGAUCAGGAAGAAUUGCAGAAUAGCCAACUGAUACAACUCUGCAAAAGUGCUAUCUUUGUAUUGUGAUUUAAGUUGGAUCUUCAAGUGUAAAAUAAUUCAACGUGUUGUUUAAUUUGAUCGUGGUGUUUAAAUUUUUCUCUGGAAAAAGUGCUUAUCUAGUUUUUAGAUGCUUGGUCAUGGAGCAACCUAAAUACUUUAUGUCUGUAUCCCGCUAUAAGAUUUGGACUAAGUGGCGUUCAACGUUGUUGGUUUUUGGUUGCUAAAA